AUGACCACAGCUGACACGACGCCAUUCAGUGAACGAGAAUCCCACUCUUUUUCUUCAUCAAGCACUCGUCACCUUUCCAUUCAUGAGCUCAUGCACUAUGACAUGAAGGGAGAGUCGCUUCGACCUAUCGAGAUUGCAGGCGACUCUGAUUCCGACAAGGACCUUGUCAUCAACACCUUGACCGAGUCACUUCAAAUACACAAGGAGAUAAUGGAACGGCUGCACAGUGAACGAGAAGCAUUUAUUGAAAAGAUGGAGAGAGAACGUAACGAGGAACAAGAGACAACGCGUAAGGAGAAGGAGCAAGCAUUGCAAGCUAUGGAAGACCAACUUGGGAGAUAUGAACGUCUUGAAUCAGCUUAUAAUUUGGUGGUGGCCGAGCUUGAGACCAAGAAGACUGAAUACAAAAAGAUGGAGAGCCGAUUCUAUGACCAUGUGCGCAGCAUACGUCCUACCGAUGACGACCUAUCAACCAUUCAAUAUGAGAUCACUCAUUUGACAAGUCAACUCAACAACUUUUGCAUGGGUCUCAAGUCAAAGAUGGAUCGAUCGGGUGGCACUGCUUUUGUAUUGAAACGUUGGCAGCAUCGAGAACAUGAUAUUCGACAAUGCUUUUUAAGCCAUGACGGCGAUGAUGAACGAUUGGACCCUGGUGUGCUUACUCUAUUUACGGAAAAGUUUGUCAUGGAAAUUCUCCGCAGCGAGCUCUUUGAUCAGCCUAUUCAUGCCGGUGUAUCCAUCAAUGACACUUUUAAGACACUAAGCGAUUGGAUUGAGGAACGCAACUCACAUUGGGCGAAUCGGCUACGACAACAAGUGAGUGCACUCGUUGUGAGACAACCUGGUGAUGAUGAAAAGGCCAACAUGGAUAAAGCCCUCGCUACCAUUGUCGACACGAUUCUCGAUCAACUAUCAGAAAUGUACCCUCGUAUCAAGGAUGGCGAUAGCCAACGCAAAAAGGUGGAUAGCAUUGUGUCUCGUGCAGCCAAGCUCAAUCUUGCCAUGAAGGGACAGGAAAUCAAGGUGUUUUGCCCAAGCAUUGAAGAAGGUGUGGCUCGUUUUGAUGAAACGAUGAUGAAACCAUCGAGCAAAAGUGAUCCAGAAGGCAUUGUCAUGUUUACCGUUUCACCUGCAUUUGUGGCAUUGGAUCCCAAGGACGAUGAUCAUGGAUUUGUUAUACCCGGCAAAGUGUUUUGUAAAAGUGGAUAG